AUGAAGUCAAUUCAGAUUCUUCUAGCGCUCGCCACUGCUGUGGUUAUAUCUGCCCACCCAACCGGCGAUGUCGCUAAGAGAGCGCCUGGCGUUGAUGAAAUCUCGGCAGGUCUGUAUGGUGGCUGGGCAAGAGCUGAGCCUGAAGCCAAGAGAGAGGCUGGCGUAGAUGAGAUCUCAGCAGGCCUCUAUGGGGGCUGGGGAAAGGCCAAGCCCGAAGCGAAGAGAGAGACCGGCGUAGAUGAAAUCUCAGCAGGCCUCUAUGGGGGCUGGGGAAAGGCUAAGCCUGAAGCCAAGUGA